AUGGGCGAGAGCUGUGGCAAUGCGAUGUCGCGCAAGGAGAUGCUCAAAAAAGCCGACCACCUUACAAAACGUCUCACGGAUUACCAAGUGCUGAAGGGCAAGUACGCCCAAAUGUCUGAAACGGAGCUCGCUCAUCUUUGUAGUGUAAUGCCGGAUGUGUUGAUGGAAGACGCUAUAGUAAUGGACAUUAACGCGACUUCGCCGCUAUACGUUGUUGGUGAUAUUUAUGGUCAGUUUGGUGACCUCCUACGAAUUUUUAUGCUCCUGGGCUACCCACCUGAAAACCGCUACCUUUUCCUCGGGAAUUACAUCAACCGAGGUACACGGUCAAUUGAAACACUUGCAUUUCUCUACGCUCUGAAACUUCGGUAUCCACGCCACAUCUACCUUCUGCGGGGCAAUCACGAGUGUCAGCACAUCUCUCGCCAUUACGGUUUCUAUGACGAAUGUGUCAAAAGAUACAACCGACGUCUCUGGCGUGUCUUUGUUAGUACUUUUGAUUACCUACCUUUGAUUGCUAUCAUUGAGGAGAAGAUCUUCUGUUGCCAUAGCGGAAUGUCACCUAGUGUUCACUUUUCUGGGGUUUCUAACCUCCAGGAGUUCCGGGACUACGUGACGAAAUUGACUCCUCGACCAACUGAAAUAAGCACGAGUAUUCUUAUGACCCACUAUACCUGGUCAGAGCCGGACCCGGAGGUUAAUGGGUGGGAGCAGAAUCCUGCGGGUCUAGCUUAUCUUUAUGGACCCUCGGUAGUUAGGUGUUUCUGUGAACGCUUCGGUAUCCAACAGAUCAUUCGCUCCAAUGAGCUACUCGAAAAAGGCUAUGAAUUCUUCUGUGAUGAUAGACUGCUAACUAUCUUUUCUGUCCCAAAUUUUCUUGGCACCUUUACAAACGACGGGGCGAUUGCUGAGGUGAGCAAGGAUCCCGAAGCUUUAGAAAUUGUCUGCCGCAUAAAACUAGUCAAGCCAAUUAUGCAAUUGCGCAAUAAGAUGACGGGGCGUAUGAACAUCCUCAUACAGGAUUCUCUCGACAGUAAACAUGAGGAGGAGGAAGAGGGUUUGGGAGAUUUGUGA